UGCACGAGCGAUUUCCUGCUUUAGAUGUUCGUGCAUGAUGCUGAUUUCUCACACAUCGCUCGUGAAAGAGUGCGUGUCAAGAAGGUGAACGGAUGAACUGGUUUGGUUUUGGUUUUAAUGGCUUUGGUCAGAUCAUCGCUGCAGAUGUGAAGUGUAAAGUAAGCACACCUGUGCUGUUAUCAGACGCGCGUGGAUCAGACUGUAGAGUCAGCGGCAGCUGGAGCUCGAGAGCUGCUGUCAUUCACACAGACAGUGGCAGUCGUGUGUGUGUGUCGGGGUUCCUGCGCGGUUCUUCAGGACAGGUGUGUGUUCCAGAGAGUGAGGGCUGCACAGACGCCUCCAUCAGUGAAAGACAUGUGACCGUCAGCUUCACACGCAGGGUGGAAUGCUGGGAAAUACAGCAGGCACAGAACCGGCUGGUUUGGAGCAGGGAACAGGAGUCCAGCGGUCAGGAUGUUGCAUUGCCGUUAGUGCCAGGCGGGUACGUGGUGCCCAGACCGCCGUUCUUCCGUCCUCUGUGUGCUAAACUGUGCGCUGUCAGCCUGGCGCUGGGCACAGAACACGCUGUGCUGCUCACCGCAUCCGGUACGGUGUUUACCUGGGGAUCUGGAAGUCACGGGCAGCUGGGUCAUGGUCAUCUGACAUCACAGGAGGAAGCUCAGGUCGUGGAGGCGCUCUGGGGAGUUCAGAUCGCAGCCGUGUCUGCUGGCGGCUGGCACUCCGCGUCUGUCAGCGCCGGAGGGGAUCUGUACAUGUGGGGCUGGAACGAAAGCGGGCAGCUCGGCCUGCCAUCUCAAAGCGUGGAGGAGGAAAAGCUCAGAGCGAGAAGGCCCGGUGACGCACUUGUGUUAGCAGACGUACACAAAGGUUCCAACGAUCUCUGUGUGGACCUGGCAGUAAAUCAAGCAGAGGAGAAAAACAAAGAUGACGUGUUCAUCUCCAUUCAAGCGUUCCCGGCUCUAGUGGAUAUUCCUCAAGUGUCAGAAAUCAUCCGAGUCGCCUGCGGAUCCAGACAUACAGCCGCCGUCACAGGUACAGGCGAUCUCUACACCUGGGGAUGGGGUUCGUACGGUCAGCUGGGACACGACACUGAACGCAGCACAGAUGAACCAGCGCUGGUGAAAUACUUUCACAGUCAUGACAUGCGUGUUCGAGAUGUUGUUUGUGGAUUAUGGAACACCUAUGUGUCUGCUGUUCCAGAAGAACCAUCCUCACACAAACACACACAUACAGAAUAA